CUGAGUAUUGUACUCUGGAUGAACAGUUAGUGCCAUUUAGAGGACGCUGUUCAUUUAGAAUGUACAUUCCGAGUAAGCCAGCUAAGUAUGGCUUGAAGGUGUUCACUCUGGUGGAUGCCAGAACAUGGUAUGUACUCAACAGUGAGGUCUAUGUAGGGAAGCAAAAUGAUGGGCCCUUCAAUGUUUCAAAUAGUACAAUGGACGUAACAAUGCGUCUGACAGUACCAAUCCAUGGUACAGGUAGAAACUUGACUGUGGACAAUUGGUUCACUAGUUUUCCUCUUGCAGACAAAUUGUUAGGAAAAAGAGUAACAAUGGUCCUUCUGCUACUCCUGGAUCAAGGUCCAGAUGCACUAUAUGCCCCAGGGAAAAAGAUGUGA